AUGGCUCAAACAGAGAAACCAAAGGCAAGAGCUGCGUCGACAGAUGCGAAAUCGACGUGGUCAUGGAGGAAGCUGUUCGGGAAGGAUGAGAGUAGCAAUACUCCACCGGCGCCAUUGGAGGAGGAUACGCAGAGACCAGGCAUCGCUCGCCGGUUGUCGCGGAAGGUGGUGCCAGGACUACCGCGUCCGGGAACCUUUAAAAGACAACAAUCCGAAAAGAGAGAUAGAUUGGAACCUCACGUACCUGAUGACCGGAGAACGUUAUCGGUGGAUCGAAGACGAAACCUUUCAGAUCGAGGCUCGUCGAGCGUGGUGGCUAGCUCGCCGAGAAUGAGCGCGCCGGAAUUAUUGGAAAUUGAGAAGAACAAAGAUACCAUUGAUUCACUGCUGAAUGAAGGUCAACUGGCUGUGCAAACAGUACGAGAUGACAAGGUCGUUCACGAUUACGUAGAUGUCGAAAAGGCGCCCUCGGCCAUCGACACGGCUUCAAUAUCAACAGAAGCGUUUGACGAGAUGAUACUGGAGGAGCUGGAGAAGAGAUGGAUUUUGAAUCUGAGCAUGCAUUUCCGAGACAAGUCAAAAAGGGAAAAGUUUUUCGUUACAUUUGCAGAAACGCCGACGUACUGGCGACGAGUCACAGUCUCGUUAGAUUACAGAAAUGCCCCAGAGGGGUCUCUAGAGGAGGAAUUGCUGCGGACCAAGUUCCAGAGGGACAAGAGUGCUCGGAUCUAUGAGGCUAUUCGAGAGUCGCUCCCUGAUAUUCAGUUCUACGACACGGUCACGAAUUUGAAACUGCAGACGGAAAAUGAACGACUGCAUGUACACGUGGUUGAAGAUGUGUCUGAAAUCAUCCAAUACCCCGCAGUCCGAUCAAUCAACCAUUUGAAUUGCAGAAGGAUCCGAGAAGAUGAGCUUGUAUUUGACUCUCAUCUGUCAGGUUUCGUUUACAAGGUUCGAGUAGAUGGACAGGUCUUUAUCAAGAAGGAGAUUCCUGGACCAGAUACAGUGGAUGAGUUUCUCUAUGAAAUUAAUGCUUUGCAUCAACUUUCAGGCUCUCGCAGUGUCAUUCAGUUUGGUGGCGUUGUUCUCGAUAAUAAGGGCGAACAUGUGAAAGGCCUUCUAAUUAGUUUCGCGGAGCAAGGAGCUUUAAUUGACGUGAUCUACGACGGAGAGGGUCAUUUACCAUGGAGAAGACGAGAACGGUGGGCAAGACAGAUUGUUCAAGGUCUUUCAGAAAUUCACGAGGCCGGCUUCGUCCAAGGAGAUUUCACACUUUCAAAUAUCGUCAUUGACGCAUACGAUAACGCCAAAAUAAUUGAUAUCAACCGCCGCGGGUGUCCUGUAGGAUGGGAACCCCCCGAAGUCCGUGAUCUGAUUGAAAGCAAUCAACGUAUUUCGAUGUAUAUUGGAGUCAAAUCUGAUCUGUACCAGCUGGGAAUGGUCCUUUACGCUCUGGCCACUCAACACGAUGAACCGGAAACCCAAAGACCUUUGGAUGUGAGCCGUUUUCCUGCGGAAAUUCCUGACUACUUUCUAGAUAUUUGCAAUCGGUGUCUUAGCAUUGAUCCCAGAUCUCGUUCGCAAGCUUCAACAUUGUUGAAAAUAUUCCCUGAAAUGGAGGACACAUUCCACGAGGCUCCACUCCGGCCAGUUCCAAUUGUUGUCGAUGCACAGUACGUCGACGAAAAGUCUCCACCCAAUGGAAGUUACCAAUACAAGUCUGGAAUCCACAGCCCACCGUACAGCUCCUCGGGAAUGGACCGCUCCAUCAAUGUUCAUGAUUAUGCUGUGACUGACAUUUCAGAUGACCAGGAUUUCUAUCCCAGACGAGGAAGAUCACCUCCAGCACCAGAUAGGACAGAAACUGCCGGGACUGUUCCUUUCUUCUCGGGCAUUCCAUAUCCAAAGGCCAACUAUCCCCCACCUAGGACCAGCAUAUUAACCCCAGAAUCCACACCACUGCCCGACUCAAGCCCUGGAUCCGAAUACUUGAAUGACACGCAAGACGGACGCGAUUCACAUGCGGCGCCAGGACUUCCUUCUCCCGCCAGUUCACGAGGUGGACACCCACGUACAAAUGAAUUUUCAGCCGAUUCCAGCAUUGGCUUUGAUUACGUUGACUUUGCUACAAGAUAUACCCCAAACGAAACAGAUCCAAUGGAUUUUAUCUCAUCGAAUGCGUCACAGUCGCAAAACUACCCAGAGCAUAUGGUCGAGACUACUCCUCCACUUGGUUCAAACCCUCUCGAUGAGAAGACUUUUAUAUCGACAGAAGAACCAUCAGUAAUGGAUAUAACAGCUUCAGAACAACACAGCAGCCGAUACCCCCAAGGAUUAAGGCACACAGAACAAGAAAAGGACUUGGACAUAAGGACCAAGUUCGAAACCGAGGAACCGCGAGCAACAGUAGCGGAUUCCCCCAACACCACCCCUUCGAAAUCUUCCCACCCACUAUACCCUGCGGAAUUGACCGGCGUUGGAGGCGUACAUAGCGAUCACCCUCCCGAUACGUUUGAGAUUCCCCCACCAGCGAGUUUAUUAGAUGAUGAUUUUACGAAUGAGAUGCAUUAG